AUGACUCCUCCAAAGAAGAUGCUCAGACUCAAUGCACUUGGCAAGUUCAGCUCUCCACCAGGGAAGAAGACCGGAGACGAGGAGCAAGGCGAGGAACCGAAGAGGAGGCGAGGACGACCUCGGAAAUCCAAAGAGAUCGUGCAAGAGAAGCAUCUCGUGGUUGUAAUCAGAUAUGCCACUGCAUCAAGUGUUGGGCCAAGGAUCAGUCGUGUACUGUCCGGCGAAGAGCGAGUCGAGAAAGAACUUCCCAAACCUGCAACCCCGAAGAAACCGCGAACGCCUCGGAAACCACAACCUACGAAGUCUACACAUCCCUUUUUCCUGGGCAAGCCCAAAGAAGGAGAGAUUCUCCCGAAACAUGUCUCCCCACGAAAAACAUCAGCAGUGACCCCUGGAAAACUUCGGAGCGAAACAAUGGCAAACCGAUCACCAUUGAAGCAGGAUCUGCGGCCUGCACAGGAGUAUGCUAUUGGAUCUGGGCUGCUUAAGGAUCGACUCAUGUUCAAGCAUCCUGGUGCAAAAGAGCCAGCCUGGCCAAAUCGAGAGCAGGCUCACGUUCGGGGUAUCGAGAACUUGGACCCGCUGACCCCGCCGUCUUCAGAGGACUCUUACAACAGACGGAAGCGCAAAACGGCCAAGCUCCCAUUCCCGACCAAUGAAUCCAUUUUGACGUUGUUCUCUUCUCGCUUGACACCAGAAGUCCAAGGGAAGCUUCGUGAGGAUGGCUUUAGGGAUCCGCAUCCCUCGCUCACGUUGCCAGCGAAGCUCCUGAUAGCUGGCGAACAGAUCGCCCAACGGAUUGCUGCCGAGCUAUCAGUCAACUUCAACGGAGAUCAAACUGUACAAUCAUCUCCCCGUCAGUCGAACAUUAUUCACCCAGCAUUGCACGUGCUGUACAGCAAAUUGCCAAUUGUGUUGAGUGCAUUUGACGAGAAUAGGGGCGAGGGCCUCGGUUGGGUGCAGAAGUACGGACCGACAUCAACGACAGCAGUACUACAACCACCACGCGAGAUGAACAUCCUCCGACAGUGGCUUACAUCGCUUACUGUGACUUCCGUUCGCAGCAACAAUGACAUGGAUAAGAAAACGGCCGCGAAACUUGAACGUAAACCGAAGAAGAAACGGAAGAGAAGAAACGACGACCUGGACGAUUUCCUGGUAUCCGACGAUGAAGAAGUCCGGGACAUGGAUGAACUGUCAGAUGAUGAAAGCACGCCUCCGUCAUCCGCAGCCAAUCGCAAAGGUGCGAAAUCGGUCGUUCAAGGCGUUGCCGACGGCAUGAGGCUCAGUAAUGCACUGCUAUUGAGCGGGCCCCAUGGCUGUGGCAAGACGGCGGCAGCUCACGCCGUGGCAAAGGAGCUCGGCUUCAAAAUUUUCGAGAUCAGCCCUUGCGAGCGACGAAGUGGAAAGGACGUCCUUGACAAGGUGGGCGACAUGACUGAAAAUCACCUCGUCAAACAUCACGGCACGGAUGUCGGGGAAUUGUGCUCGGCAGAAGAGCCGAGUAAACACGAGGAGGCAUUCCAACGCGAUCUAGCUACCGGCCGUCAAGGGACGAUGAGCAGUUUCUUCAAGCCAGCGUCAAAGCCGAAGGAGAUCUCGCCGAAGGAGAAGCAGAUUGUACCGAAGAAGGUGACCAUAGAAGCUGUCAAGGAAGCGAUCAAACGACCUGCAAAGGAUCAACAGCAGUCUCUGAUUCUACUGGAGGAAGUCGAUGUAUUGUUCAAAGACGACAAGGACUUCUGGACCACGAUAUUCAAGCUCAUCGAGUCGUCCAAGCGCCCCUUCAUCAUGACUUGCAACGACGAAGACCUCGUUCCUUUUCAAGCAAUGUCCUUGCACGCCAUCCUCCGCCUCUCUCCGCCAGCGCCAGACCUGGUCGCCGACUACCUCCUCCUGAUGGCCGCGUGUGAAGGCCAUCUUCUGAAGCGCGAUGCAGUCUUAUCGCUGUACCAAUCAAAAGACUUCGACCUGCGAGCCUCCAUCGCCGAGCUAGACUUUUGGUGUCAGAUCGGCGUUGGCGACCCUCGAGGCGGGCUGAGCUGGAUCUUCCAACGCUACCCUCCGGGAAGUGAUCUCGACGCACAAGGGAGAAAGCUGCGCGUUGUGAGUGAGGGUACUUAUGCACCAGCAAUGAGCUCCUCUCUCGACGACGGCCUAGACGACGCGACUCGACUUUGUUGGGCCGCAUGCGAGUUCGAUCUCGCACCAGCUGAUCUCCUUGGGUGGACCGGUGGCGACGCGGGAGCGAGCAUGGACUCGCUCAAACGCUUUUCCUUUGUCGCUGACGCCUUCAGCGCCAACGAUGUCUACGCCGGCCGCUUCACUGCUUCUCUGCUAGACACAACACAGCCAGAGAUGCCAGAGAAGAGCCGGGGCCACUACAUCGAAGGCAUGAAACUCCUCCAAACAGACGAAGCAGCAGACCACACUCAGCUCUCCGCUCAGCUAUCAGCAACAAGCACCCUCACCGCUCUACGUUGCGCCAACAUCCUCAAUCCAACUCACGCCCUCCUUCGCAACAAUCUCGCCCAAACCCUCCACUCCACCAAACAACACACCCAGCACCAACAACACCAGUCCCUAACCCGCCACUCCUUCUCCACUUUCGACCCAAUCGCCCUCCCCUCCGACCCACCCGCCCAAUCAACCCUCUCGCAAUCCUCCUUCGACGGGCCCCUAACCCCCAUAGCCAUCGACCUUGCCCCGUACGUGCGCAGCAUAGUGCACUACGACCUCGCCUUCUCGUCGCAGCGCGAGCGCCUGCAUGGCAUUCUCAGCGAAGGCGGUGGAGGCAAGCGGGCGCGCACGACGCGCGCUGCGCGCAGUGCUGUUGAGGGGAGUCAGAGGGGCGCUACGAGGAGGGAACGGUGGUUUUGCAAAGACUUGGAUUAUGGUGCUGUGCUUACUACGGCGGGGGAGGGGUGGCCUAAGUGUUGUGCUGCGGUGGUUGGGCUGGGUGAAGGGGAGAGUCGGGGGCCUUCGAGGGAUGAGACGCCGGAGGGGAUGGAGGAGUAG